CGUUCACAACCGACAUUAGAUUUGAGAGUGAGGUCCCUUGGCAACAUGUGCUACUAAAAAUAUUACAAGACAAUUGACAUGCCAUUCAUCUUGUGAUAUGGUCGGCCCUGACCCACAUCUAGGAUUACAAGAUGGGUGACACCGAGCUGAAGUUCAAGUCCCGGAGAUCGUGUGUUGUCAGCAGACAGGGAAGUGUGGCGAGCAGCCAGCCCUUAGCGUCCCAGAUCGGACGAGAUGUACUUAAGUCAGGUGGAAAUGCUGCUGAUGCUGCUGUUGCCAUGGCAGCAGCCUUGAAUGUGACUGAGCCAUGCUCAACUGGAAUUGGAGGAGAUGCAUUUUGUCUCUUUUAUGAUGCAAGAUCAAAAACAGUGAAAGGUUUGAAUGGCAGUGGGCGUGCACCAUCAGCCUUGACCUUGGACCUGUUGAAAGGUGAAGGGUUCAGCAAAGAUCAUCCCUUCCCAGUCACCCACCCCCAUGCUGUUACUGUCCCCGGGGCUGCUGCAGCAUGGGUCGACACAGUGGAGAAAUUCGGCAGCGGCAAGCUGACCAUGUCUCAAAUCCUGGGGCCGGCCAUCGACCUGGCAGAGAAUGGAUUCCCUGUGCAGCAGUGUACAGCUUAUUUCUGGAAUAAAGGCGCCCACCUCCUGUCUGAUGCCUCCAACACACAUGGCCAUGAUCUGCUACUGAAUGGUGCGGCACCAAGACAUGGCGACCUCAUGACGAUGCCAAACUUAGCCAAGACAUUCAGGGCAGUCGCUGCUGAUGGAAAGAAAGGCUUCUACGAGGGACGAGUGGCACAGUCUCUGGUUGACGUCGUCCAACAGCAUGGGGGAGCUAUGACCCUGGAUGACCUGAAGAGUCAUGUGACAACCUUCGAGGAACCAAUCAGUGUUGACUACCGUGGGUGUCGGGUGUGGGAGAUCCCCCCGAGUGGCCACGGAAUCGUGGCUCUCAUGGCCCUCAAUAUACUGGAGGGCUUCGAUCUUAAAAGCAAGGGACAUAACUCUGCUGAGUACCUGCACCUCCUGAUCGAGGCACUGAGGCUGAGUUUUGCCGACACCCAGUGGUACUGUGCCGACCCCGCCAAGGUCAGUGUGCCCAUACAGGGAAUGAUCAGCAAGCAGUAUGCAGGACAGAGGAGACAACUCAUCAGUGAGACCAGGGCUAAGGCAGACAUGGAGCGGGGUAGCCCAACCACUGGCAGUGACACGGUGUACUUCACCGCUGUUGACUGUGACGGCAAUGCCUGCUCCUUCAUCAACAGCAACUUCAUGGGCUUUGGAACAGGAAUAGUCCCUGAUGGUUGUGGCUUCACACUACAGAACCGGGGAGCAGGAUUUUCCCUGGACCCCAAACACCCCAACUGUGUAGCUGGGGGGAAGAGACCCUACCACACAAUCAUCCCCUCCAUGGUGACGUCAGCUGACACUGGUGACCUGCUGUGUACGCUGGGCGUGAUGGGAGGCUAUAUGCAGCCUCAGGGCCAUGUGCAGGUCCUGCUCAACAUGCUGGAGUUCCACAUGGACCCACAGGAGGCUCUGGACCAACCCCGCUUCCUCAUCGGAGGAGGAUAUGGACUGUCGCCAGUGAUAGCAAUGGAAGAUGGAAUAUCUGAGGAAACUUUGGAGAAACUCAAGAACAUGGGUCACCCAAUUACUGGACAUCUCCGAGGUCAUGACAGGUCAAAGUUUGGAAGAGGUCAGGUUAUCACCCGUGGCAAUUGGUGGCAGACAGGAAGCGGACAUGUACAAAGCAGCAAUGUAUUGUGGUCUGGAUCUGAUCCAAGAGCAGAUGGACAAGUUGCCGCCUACUGAGGACGUGUGGAGAGAACGAGCUGUCCAGAAUAGGAUGUGCAUGGAACAGCAAUGUUCAAAAUCAAAACUUAAAUCCUGCACGAUCAAAUAUGGCCUAGUACAUACAAAAAAUCUUUAAUGAUGACGCCAUAUUUCUAUAUAGAUUAUAUGAAUACUAUGUUAUACAGAUGUUAUCAAAUUUUAUCAAAUUAUUAUUUGAAUUCUUUACAAAAUAGAAAAAAGUAUUGUCAAGAACAAAAAACAAAGUUCUACAAAAUCUGUCUCAGCAGUAAAAAUUAACUUAAAAAUUUAAAAAGCCUGACAACCCCUACAAAUCCCACUGAUAUUCUACCAGCCCUCAAGAUAUCUUUAACAUCAGAUGAAUUGACCUUGGCCACACGAUGUGUAGCUGUGCACAAACAUUAAUAUAUUUUUUAUCCCAUGUGUGAUAUUUUAUCUAUGUACGGGUACCUCCUGGGCUUGGUGGCCUGUGCUAGGUUCUAUACCCUUGUCUCUGUAUGUGUGUCAUGCCAUAACAGAAUCAUAUAUAACAUCAUGAUCAUAAACCAUUUAUGAAAGAGGGAAACUAUUUUAAAUUUUUAAACCAAUUGGAAGAAUUUUAUAUUGGAUUUUUAACUGUGAAGCAUGACAAGCAAAACAUGCAUACAUAUCGAGAAUCUCUAUUAACCAGAAUAGAAAUAUUUCAAAUGAAAAAUUGUGACCACAGGAUUGGUUAACAUUGUAUCAUGGCCAUUGAUCAAUAUGUCUGUUGGAGGCAUUGGCCAUGCAUGUUGAGUUGUUGUAGACAGGCACAAUUUCGUCUGUAUUUAUCCAAGUCUAUGUAACUAAGAAAGAUACCUUUGUAAUUGGAUUACCAGUAUUUCUUUUAAAUACAACAACCAAAUUUAUACAAUUACAGUAAAGUACGGUUAUAACGAACUCAAAAGGACUACUAAUUUUAGUUCGUUUUAACCUGUAGUUCGUUAUAAGCAUAUAUACAGCAUAACUACAGCAAAUAGUCGGGACCAAAAAAGUAGUACGUUAUAUCCGUCAGUUCAUUAUAAGCGUGUUCGUUAUAACCGUAGUUUACUGUACUGUUAAAUUGUCUGCUGACAGUUGCAUGUGUGGGACGAAAAAGUGUCUUAGCGUCUUAGUAGACUGAUAUUAUUCCUGUGGUGAAAACUCUCACUGGUGCAUAUGUUGUCAAACAGGAAACUGACCGAGAAAAACAAUAGUUAUCCACAUACUAGUUGGAACUAAGUUGUUAUUUAAACCAUAUAUUUAUUCUAGAGGCAUUGAAACCAUUUUCUUCUACCAGAGGGACUUGCGUGACUGAACAAAGUCAUGAAUAAUAAAUCCGUAAUUGUGCAAUAAAUUAUGAUGGUCCAUAUUCCUGAAAAAUGUUUUACUCAGUGGCGAAUAAAAACUCAAACUCCA